AUGAAAAAGUUUCGAUUCGUCGAAAAAGCGACAGUUGAAUAUUUAUUCACAGAUAAAACUGGGACGCUAACAGAGAAUUCAAUGCAAUUUCGUCGACUGGCUACAGCUAUGGGUGUUUUCUAUUUUGAAAAUAGCGGUUUAUUUCGAUAUACUGAUACACCGCCAAGUACACAUAUUAACGAUUUGAACUUCGAUAAAAAUACAAUCAGUCGAGAAGAACAAGAAGAAUUAGAUGACGUUUCAGAAGCUGUACAGUUAAAGUCAGCCUCUGAAACUGACAGUCAAUCGCCUACUGUAAGCAGUGUGCAAACAUUACUUCUUCUGCUUUCCUUAUGUCAUACUGUUAGAGUUGAAAGGCGAAUACCAGAAGAAAUGCUUUCAAAGUCAACUCUGGAGAAACUAGAUAGUGAUAAAACACCACGUCGGGGUAGUAGUGCAUUAAGACGUGCAUCAGCGGCUCUUGCAGCAUCUGCAGCUUUUCGUGCAUCCAAACGUGGACGUAAAGUGAAAACACAUGAUUAUGAAUAUCAAGCAUCAUCUCCAGAUGAAAAAGCAUUUGUAGAAACAUGUCGUGAUUUGGACAUCGUAUACCAUGGCUCAGACGAAAGUGGACUACUUGUAAUAACAAUUCACGGAGAAGCCGUGAGAUAUCGUCUAUUGGAUGUACUUGAAUUUGAUCCAACAAGAAAAUGCAUGUCAGUUGUCGUCCAGUUCGUACCAAAGGAAGGUAACACAACAUCGUCGACAAGUCCACCGCCUGUCUUGAUACUGUGCAAAGGUGCCGAAACAACUCUUCUUGCUAAGGUAAAUGCAAGCCAACAGACCACACAAUUCCCUAGCUAUGGUGAUCCGCUAGGUGAUAGCUUCUGUGGCCCUUACGCUUCAUAUUUACGAAUGGACCCUGAACAAGUGAUGAAACAAGUGACUGAAUUCGCUACACUUGGCCUACGAACAUUAGUUAUGGGUGUCCGUUUGGUUACUUUCGAGCAAUGGACUCAAUUGAAACAACAGUUGGACACAGCAAGAGGAAUGAUGGAUGGACGUCAAAAGGAAUUAACAUCUGCUUAUAAUGAUAUUGAAAGUAAACUUACAUUAAUUGGAUGUACUGGUAUAGAGGAUAUGCUGCAAGAUGGUGUACCUGACACUAUAAAAGCACUCAGAGAAGCUGGUAUCAAAGUUUGGGUGCUUACAGGGGAUAAAGAGGAGACAGCUGUUAAUAUUAGCUACUUAGCUGGACAUUUUUAUCCUGGUAUGCAAGAAGUUCGUAUAACAAAAUUCAAUGAUAUGAUUGGUUGCGGAGGCUUUUUAAAAAGUCAAAUUGAACGGAUAAAAGAAUCAAAAGAAUACCAUCCUGAAGCACAGUUUGGUGUUGUUAUAGACGGCCAAUCGUUAAAUUAUGCUCUUGUGGAACCAGUGAGAUCAUUACUUUUACAAUGUUGUUUAGAAUCAACAACAGUCCUAUGCUGUCGAUUAACACCUUUGCAGAAAGCUGAAGUGGUAAGAUUAAUUAAAGAAAGUCGAAAGUCAUCAGUACCGAUUACUGCGGCUAUCGGUGAUGGAGCCAAUGAUGUCUCAAUGAUACAAGAAGCACACAUUGGUUUCGGUAUAUACGGUAAAGAAGGCAGACAAGCUGUUCGAGCUGCUGACUAUGCAUUUGGACGUUUUCAUUUCUUAAAAAAUGUUAUCCUUGUACAUGGACAUAACUUUUAUCUACGCGUUUCUUUAUUAGUAAUGUAUUUUUUCUAUAAAAAUAUAAUUUUCACUUUACCUCAAAUGUUGUAUGGAUUUUUCUGUGCUUAUUCACAACAGUCAGUUUAUCCACAAUUGUAUUUAUUAUUUUUCAAUUUAACUAUGACAUCAUUACCUAUUCUAUUAUAUGGUAUCUUUGAGGUACCAGUACCAGAGAGUACACUUUUGGAGUUCCCUGUUUUAUACAAAGGAAUAGCUAAAAAUGCUAUCCUCUCCAAAGAACGCUUUAUCUUUUGGAUUGGUUUAGCCUGUUGGCAUGCUUUCGUUGCAUUUUUUGGUGCAUAUUUUUUAACUUUUCAAGGUCAAGGCAAUGAUAACGGUAACUCUGCACUAGGCGAUAUCGUUUGUUUUGGCAAUUUUAUUGUUAUCCUUGUAUUUAUUAUUGUAAAUAUCAAAGUACUACUUAUGAGCUAUUAUUUAAACUGGAUUGUAUUACUACUAUGGAAUGUGGCAUUUUUCAGUAAUUUUGGAGCAUUUUUAAUAUGUAAUGUUGUACUGUUUCCUGCUACAAUUGGUAAACAGCUAUUUGGAUCAUUUACAAUUAUGUACGCUGGUUCAGGAGCUGGUGUUACCUGGUUUGGUACACUGUGUUUAGUUUUAUUGGCCCUUUUACCUGAUUUCAUUAUACGUACAGUAGAGGAUCAAGGUUGGCAAUGGCGGUUAACUAAUUUGCAAGAAGAAAGAAGAAAGAAACUAAGAGGAUCUAAAGUACAACAAAGAACAUCGGUACGCAUAUCAAUCAUGUCAAAACAAAUAGAUGAGACGGAAGAGAAUAAUGAUCAGGAUGAGGGUUUAUAUGACUAUACAAACCCCAUAUUUUAUGAAUUACCCAACUGGCAAAUCGAAGACAAACUGGAUCACACAAUGCCUGUGUACACACCAGAUUCGGUCAGCAAUGGACCUACCAUGACAAACCCACAAUACCCAACUACAAAAUCUAUUAAAAAUGGAGAUUUUUAUAACAUUCCACCUCUAAACAACGGUACAGCCACUAAGACCAUUAGUAAUACUACUACUAAUAUGCCUAGCAGUAGUAUGAUUGAUGAUCCUCAAAAGCACACGCCUAUGAAAGUUAUUACUAUGCCUGACGCAAUGGAAAUAACCGAUUCCACAUUAAAUGUACCCAGUCUGUAUGGAAACAAUAUUGAUCCAAUGGCUAAUUCAGCUUUAACUAAAUUUUGA